AUGGCAACCCUCGAGGACCUCCUCCACCUCCAGGCAACAAUCAGGGGGCUCAUUAUCCAGGUGAUGUCAACCCUCAAGGACCUCCUCCACCUCCUGGCUGUACACGGCAUCCUCUGCCACCUUCCUCCCCCGUGUGCUCCUCCCAAUGGCCCUACAGGCAGCACUCAGGGGGCUCAUCGUCCAGGUGAUGCCAACCCUCAAAGACCUCCUCCCCCGCCUGGCCCAACUAGCAGUGCCCUGCGUGCUACUCCCAAUGGACCUACAGGCAGGACUCAGGGGGCUCAUCACCCAGGCGAUUACAAUCCAAGUACCAUGACGGGCCGUGCUACUACAGGUGAUCGUGAUGGUCCUACUGCCCCGUUGGAGGCUGCAUCCCCUGCACAAUCUUCUGAUGAUUUUGUGCCUAGGGAUCCUCCAAGGUCUAGUACAAAGGGUAGGGCAAAGAGUCGACGGUACAAAUCGGCGCUGGAGCUACACCCAAAGAAGAAAAACAAAUGCAGCCAGUGCCAAUCUACAGAGCACACUGCUGGUGUGUGUCCACUCAGGCUACUGUGAUUCUGUUUCAUCGUUUGUAACUUUGAGACAAAAAAGGAAAAGAAUGAUGUUUUUUUAGUUGGCAACUGGUUAAAUAUUUAGUUGUUGAACAAUUGUAUGUCCAGUGCUCCUAAUGUAUCAACAAAAGUGAUGAUAUUGAGUUGCAAACGGAAUUA